UCCCAGGCUCGCGUGCCCAGCGUCUGCUUUCCCCAACCGCGCCGGCUGCGCUGCCUGGGACCAAGCUCGCUGGGGUCGCGCGCGGCUGGGAGUGGCCGGCGGCCGUGGAGCAACAGGAGCUCAAAGCAAAGAGAGAGAAAGCAGCGGCAGAGUGAGAACGCCGGGGGAGAGAGAAGCCGGGAGAGAGGAAGGGGUCCCCGAAGCCCGCGCCCGUCCCCCGGGGCCAGAGUGUGCGGGUGCGCGGGGUGGGCAUGAACGGCGGGCUAGGCUGCAAGCCUCUUAUAUAAGAAGCUGAAAGGGAAAUAAAAUAUACAGGAUGAAAAGAUGGCAAUGUUGCCUCCCCCAGGACCUCACAGCUUUGUCCACUUCACAAAACAGUCUCUUGCACUUAUUGAACAGCGUAUUGCUGAAGGAAAAGCAAAAGAACCUAAGGAAGAAAAGAAAGAUGAUGAAGAAGAAGGUCCAAAGCCAAGCAGUGACUUGGAAGCUGGCAAACAGCUGCCCUUCAUCUAUGGGGACAUCCCUCCAGGCUUGGUCUCAGAGCCCCUGGAGGACUUGGACCCCUACUAUGCUGACAAAAAAACUUUCAUAGUCUUGAAUAAAGGGAAAGCAAUAUUUCGCUUCAAUGCCACACCUGCUUUGUACAUGCUCUCUCCUUUCAGUACUCUAAGAAGACUGUCUAUUAAGAUUUUAGUACACUCCUUAUUCAGCAUGCUUAUCAUGUGUACUAUUCUCACAAACUGCAUAUUUAUGACAAUGUAUAACCCUCCAGAUUGGACAAAGAAUGUAGAGUACACUUUUACUGGAAUAUAUACUUUUGAAUCACUUGUAAAAAUCCUUGCAAGAGGCUUUUGCGUAGGAGAAUUUACUUUCCUUCGUGACCCAUGGAACUGGCUUGAUUUUGUCGUCAUUGUGUUUGCAUAUGUGACAGAGUUUGUGGACCUGGGCAAUGUCUCAGCGUUGAGAACAUUCAGAGUUCUCCGAGCACUGAAAACAAUUUCAGUCAUUCCAGGUCUGAAGACCAUCGUGGGGGCCCUGAUCCAGUCAGUGAAGAAACUCUCAGAUGUCAUGAUCCUGACCGUGUUCUGUCUGAGCGUGUUUGCGCUGAUUGGGCUGCAGCUCUUCAUGGGCAACCUGAAGUAUAAAUGUGUGAGGGACCCACUUGAAAAUAAUGAAACGAUCGAGAGUAUAAUGCGGAAUACAAGUGAAGAAGAAUUGAAAAAAUAUAUUUAUUACUUGGAAGGAUCCAAAGAUGCUCUUCUUUGUGGUCUCAGCACAGAUUCAGGUCAGUGUCCAGAAGGAUACAAAUGUACCAAAGUUGGCAGAAAUCCUGAUUAUGGCUACACAAGCUUUGACACUUUCAGUUGGGCCUUCUUAGCCUUGUUUCGCCUUAUGACUCAGGAUUAUUGGGAGAAUCUUUACCAACAAACACUCCGUGCUGCUGGGAAAACCUACAUGAUCUUCUUUGUGGUGGUGAUUUUCCUUGGCUCCUUUUAUCUGAUAAACUUAAUCCUGGCUGUAGUUGCCAUGGCCUAUGAAGAGCAGAACCAAGCAAACCUUGAAGAAGCUAAGCAGAAGAAGUUGGAAUUUGACCAAGUGUUAGAACACCUUAAGAAAGAGCAAGAAGAAGCUGAGGCACUGGUGCUGGCAGCCGCUGAGUACACAAGCAUCGGCAGAAGCAGACUGACGGGCCUCUCUGAGAGUUCCUCAGAAACAUCCAAGCUGAGCUCAAAAAGUGCUAAAGAAAGAAGAAACAGAAGAAAGAAAAAGAAUCAAAAGAAGCUCUCCAGUGGGGAAGAAAAGGGAGACAAUGAGAAGUUGUCUAAAUCGGAAUCAGAGGAGAGUAUCCGGAGAAAGAGCUUCCACCUCGGGAUUGAAGGGCACAGGCGGCCACAUGAGAAGAGACUGUCAACCCCGAACCAGUCACCACUCAGCAUACGUGGCUCCUUGCUUUCUGCAAGGCGUAGCAGCAGAACAAGUCUCUUUAGUUUCAAAGGUCGAGGAUCUGAGACUGAAUUUGCGGACGAUGAACACAGCAUUUUUGGAGACAUUGAGAGCAGAAGGGGCUCACUUUUUGUGCCCCACAGACCUCGGGAGCGGCGCAGCAGUAACAUCAGCCAAGCCAGUAGGUCCCCCCCAAUGCUGCCGGUGAACGGGAAGAUGCACAGUGCCGUGGACUGCAAUGGUGUCGUCUCCCUGGUUGAUGGACCGUCAGCCCUCAUGCUCCCCAAUGGACAGCUUCUGCCAGAGGUGAUAAUAGAUAAGGCAACUUCUGAUGACAGCGGCACAACAAAUCAAAUACACAAGAAAAGACGUUCUAGUUCUUUCAUUUUUUCUGAGGAUAUGUUGAAUGAUCCUCAUCUCAGACAAAGAGCAAUGAGUAGAGCAAGCAUAUUAACAAACACUGUAGAAGAACUUGAAGAGUCCAGACAAAAAUGUCCUCCUUGGUGGUACAGAUUUGCACACACAUUUUUGAUCUGGAAUUGCUCUCCACAUUGGAUAAAAUUCAAAAAGCUUAUCCAUAUUAUUGUAAUGGAUCCUUUUGUGGAUCUUGCUAUUACCAUUUGCAUAGUUUUAAACACAUUGUUUAUGGCUAUGGAACAUCACCCAAUGACCGAAGAAUUUAAAACCGUGCUCACUGUGGGAAAUUUGGUCUUUACUGGGAUCUUUACAGCUGAAAUGGUCUUAAAACUAAUUGCCAUGGAUCCAUAUGAGUAUUUCCAAGUAGGAUGGAAUAUUUUUGACAGCAUUAUUGUGACUUUAAGUUUAGUAGAACUUUUUUUAUCAAAUGUGGAAGGAUUGUCAGUUCUGCGUUCAUUCAGACUGCUCCGAGUUUUCAAAUUGGCAAAAUCUUGGCCAACUCUGAACAUGCUGAUAAAAAUUAUUGGCAACUCAGUAGGAGCUCUGGGAAACCUCACCUUGGUGUUGGCCAUCAUUGUCUUCAUUUUUGCUGUGGUGGGCAUGCAGCUCUUUGGUAAGAACUACAAGGAAUGUGUCUGCAAGAUCAAUGAAGAUUGCACGCUCCCACGCUGGCACAUGAAUGACUUUUUCCAUUCCUUCCUGAUUGUGUUCCGUGUACUGUGUGGAGAGUGGAUAGAGACCAUGUGGGACUGUAUGGAGGUUGCCGGUCAAGCCAUGUGCCUUAUUGUUUUCAUGAUGGUCAUGGUCAUUGGAAACCUAGUGGUACUGAAUCUAUUUCUGGCUUUAUUAUUGAGCUCAUUUAGUUCCGACAAUCUUACAGUAGUCGAAGAAGAUACUGAUGCAAACAACCUCCAAAUAGCAGUGGCCAGAAUAAAGAAGGGAAUAAAUUAUGUGAAACAAACUUUACGUGAAUUUAUUCUAAAAGCAUUUUCCAAAAAGCCAAAGAUUUCCAAAGAUAACAAAUCAAAAGAUCAAAAUAGUUUGAAGGAAAACUCUAUCUCUAAUCGCACACUUGCUGAAAUGAACAAAGAUUACAAUUUCUACAAGGAAAAAGAUAAAAUGAGUGGUUUUGAAAGCAGCAUGGACAAAUAUUUUAUGGAAGAAAGUGAUUGUCAGUCAUUUAUUCAUAAUCCCAGCCUCACAGUCACAGUACCAAUUGCACCCGGAGAAUCUGAUCUGGAAAAUAUAAAUACUGAGGAACUUAGCAGUGAUUCCGAUAGUUAUUACAGCAAAGGGAGACCCAACCAAUCAAGUUCCUCGGAAUGUAGCACGGUUGAUAAUCCUCUGCCAAGAGAAGGAGAAGAAGCAGAGGCUGAACCUGUAAAUACAGAUGAACCAGAGGCCUGUUUUACAGAUGGUUGUGUAAGGAGGUUCCCAUGCUGCCAAGUUAACAUAGAAUCAGGGAAAGGAAGAAUCUGGUGGAACAUCAGAAAAACCUGCUACAGAAUAGUUGAACACAGUUGGUUUGAAAGUUUCAUUGUUCUCAUGAUCCUGCUCAGCAGUGGUGCUCUGGCUUUUGAAGAUAUAUAUAUUGAAAAGAAAAAAACCAUUAAGACUGUCUUGGAGUAUGCUGACAAGAUAUUCACUUACAUAUUUAUUCUGGAAAUGCUUCUGAAAUGGAUAGCAUAUGGUUACAAAACAUACUUCACCAAUGCCUGGUGUUGGCUGGAUUUCCUGAUUGUUGAUGUUUCCUUGGUUACUUUAGUUGCAAGUACUCUUGGCUAUUCAGAUCUUGGCCCCAUUAAAUCCCUUCGGACACUGAGAGCUUUAAGGCCUCUAAGAGCUUUAUCUAGAUUUGAAGGAAUGAGGGUGGUUGUGAAUGCACUCAUAGGUGCAAUUCCUUCCAUCAUGAAUGUGCUGCUUGUGUGUCUUAUAUUCUGGCUAAUAUUUAGCAUCAUGGGAGUGAAUUUGUUUGCUGGAAAGUUCUAUGAGUGCGUGAACACCACAGAUGGGUCACGGUUCUCUACAGAGCAAGUUCAAAAUCGUUCUGACUGUUUUGCGCUUAUAAAUGUUAGUCAAAAUGUUCGAUGGAAAAACUUAAAAGUGAACUUCGAUAAUGUUGGACUGGGCUACCUGUCUCUGCUACAAGUUGCUACAUUUAAGGGAUGGAUGGAUAUUAUGUAUGCAGCAGUUGAUUCUGUUAAUGUAGACAAGCAGCCCAUUUAUGAACACAGCCUCUACAUGUAUCUUUAUUUUGUCAUCUUUAUCAUCUUUGGGUCAUUCUUCACUUUGAACUUGUUCAUUGGUGUCAUCAUAGAUAAUUUUAAUCAACAGAAAAAGAAGCUUGGAGGUCAAGACAUCUUUAUGACAGAAGAACAAAAGAAGUAUUACAAUGCAAUGAAAAAGCUUGGAUCUAAAAAACCACAAAAACCAAUACCUCGGCCAGGGAACAAAGUCCAAGGAUGUAUAUUUGAUCUAGUAACAAACCAAGUUUUUGAUAUCACCAUAAUGGUUCUUAUUUGCCUCAACAUGGUAACCAUGAUGGUAGAAAAAGAAGGACAAAGUGAAGAAAUGACUAAUGUUUUAUAUUGGAUAAAUUUAGUUUUUAUUAUUCUUUUCACUGGUGAAUUUGUGCUGAAGUUGAUCUCCCUCAGACACUACUACUUCACUAUAGGAUGGAACAUUUUUGAUUUUGUGGUUGUGAUUCUCUCCAUUGUAGGUAUGUUUCUAGCUGACAUAAUAGAGAAGUACUUUGUAUCUCCUACCCUAUUCCGAGUCAUCCGUCUGGCCAGGAUUGGUCGAAUCUUGCGUCUCAUCAAAGGGGCCAAGGGGAUCCGCACUCUGCUCUUUGCUCUGAUGAUGUCCCUCCCUGCCUUGUUUAACAUCGGCCUCCUGCUCUUUCUGGUCAUGUUCAUCUACGCCAUCUUUGGAAUGUCCAACUUUGCCUACGUUAAAAAGGAAGCUGGAAUUAAUGACAUGUUCAACUUUGAAACCUUUGGCAACAGCAUGAUUUGCCUGUUUCAGAUUACCACCUCGGCUGGCUGGGAUGGAUUGUUAGCCCCUAUUCUCAACAGUGGGCCACCGGAUUGUGAUCCCAAAAAGUAUCAUCCAGGAAGUUCAGUUGAAGGAGACUGUGGGAACCCAUCUGUUGGUAUAUUCUAUUUUGUCAGUUAUAUCAUCAUAUCAUUUCUGGUUGUAGUGAACAUGUACAUUGCUGUUAUCCUGGAGAACUUCGGUGUUGCUACUGAAGAAAGUACUGAACCCCUGAGUGAAGAUGACUUUGAGAUGUUCUAUGAGGUUUGGGAGAAGUUUGAUCCGGAUGCCACCCAGUUUAUUGAAUAUAGCAAACUCUCUGAUUUUGCAGCUGCCCUGGAUCCUCCUCUUCUCAUAGAAAAGCCAAACAAAGUCCAGCUCAUUGCCAUGGAUCUACCCAUGGUCAGUGGAGAUAGAAUCCAUUGUCUUGACAUUUUAUUUGCUUUUACAAAGCGUGUUUUGGGUGAAGGUGGAGAAAUGGAUUCUAUGCGUGCACAGAUGGAGGAAAGGUUCAUGUCUGCAAAUCCUUCCAAAGUGUCCUAUGAACCCAUCACAACGACACUAAAACGAAAGCAAGAGGACGUGUCUGCCACUGUCAUUCAACGAGCUUAUAGACGUUACCGCUUACGAAAAAAUGUUAAAAAUAUAUCAAGUAUAUACAUAAAAGAUGUAGAAAGAGAUGAUGAUUUGCCCAAUAAAGAAGAUAUAGUUUUUGAUAAUGUUAAUGAGAAUUCAAGUCCAGAAAAAACAGAUGCUACCCCAUCUACCACCUCUCCACCUUCAUACGAUAGUGUAACAAAGCCAGACAAAGAGAAAUAUGAAACAGACAAGACAGAAAAAGAAGACAAAGAUAAAGAUGGCAAGGAAAGCGAAAAAUAGAGCUUAAAUUUUGAUAAAUUGUUUACAGCCUGAGAAGGUGAUAUAUUUGUGUUAACCAGACUCUUUUAAGGAGGUCUAUGCCAAAACUCUUUCUAUCAAAAUAUUUUCAAAACAAGUGCAGUCAUGUACUUUCAUUUCCUGAGAUAAGUGGGCAGCAUUUACAGAUGGCUAUUUUUGCAUUGGUAAAUAAUCCUGUAGGAAUUUUACUAUUAGUACUAAUGAGGUUAUUAAUUACAGUAAACAAAAGUGAUUUUAUUUGCUUUAAAUAAAUCAGAGAACCAUCAAGAAAAUGUUCACAUAAGCAUUGUCAUCUUUUACCAGGAUUAUAACUAUUCAUCUUUCCCAUGUAAACACAUAUGAAUACAUCUAAAAUAUAUAUAAGUAUAUGGAAGCAUUUUGCCUUGAAUUUACAGUUAAAUGCCUUAAGAAAAGAUUGAAUGUUAAUAAUGAAUGUUUAGUUAAAUCAUACCUUUAAUAAGGAACAAGACCCUUAUUUAGGUAUAGAAAUCAUUCUGUAUUUUGAGGUGCUUAAGUUUCUUCUACAAUGCAUCAGAAUCAGUUUAUACAUGACUAUAAGAUACCACUGAAAACAUAUAUAGGCUGUUUGUUUGAACAAGUACUUUUCAUUCAUCUUGACUCAUGUACUAACCAGGAUAAAAACUUACCUUUAGAGUAUUGUGCUGUAUAGUCUUUUAUUUUAAAUGCUUUUUGUACACACAAAUAUGAAAAAUUAUUCAAAGUACAUUUCACAUUUCUCAAAGAAAAUUGUGAUAAUUAAAAACAGAAGCAACUAAAGAAAGCAUUAAUAUCUAUACAAUCCCACACUGAAAUGUGCCGCCCAAAGUAUACCAGGAAUGACCAAUUCUUAAUCUCUGUGUCACAUUCUUCUGCUUUCUCAUGCAGUAUUGUUUAGUCAUUCUUUAGAACUAAGCAAAGUUGAAGAUUCCCUGUGAUGAAGCACUUCCUGAUAUACUGAGAGCUUUUUGAUAUUAUGUUAGAUAUUUGAACAGUUAAACACUUGGGCACAGUAUUUACUGCAUCAUCUGUAUACCAUCCUAAAUGUGUAUUGUAAACUUUCACUUCAUAAUUUUUGGCACAUAUUUUUUUUAAAAAGACCUGUGUUGAGCAUAAAUGAAAGCGCAUUCAACUGGCAUUCUUGCCAACUGCUUUCUGACAACUAACUUCCAUUGCUAAUUUGUACAAGUAAUUUGUUUGGACUUGUAUUUGUUAAUUUAUAAAAAGAGGAGGAUGUAUCUAUCUCCUUAAAAUUAUAACAUCAUUCAAUAAAGAAUUCCGAGUUAAUGAUUUACCAAACACGUUACAUGUUUUUCUUUAGCUACUCACCUUCAACCAAUGAUUCUAAAUCUAAUCUUAAAAUAUAUUUAUUAUAAUAGCUUGAUAUGGCUAUGAUGCCCCAGAAUGUGGCUCAGUGGUAAAGCAUCAGUCUUGCAUGUGUAAUUUCCUGGGUUCAAUCCCUGUUACUGCAGAAAUUUAUAAACAAAUUACUUUUUAAAAAAGAGAAAUGGCCAUGAUGCAUUUUUAUUAUUUUAAUCCAGAAAUAUAAGGUAUUCUAUCAAGUUAUUCUUGUGAAAUAAUUGAGUUAUAAAGUAGAAAUUGUUUUAUUUAGAUAUUGAGUGCAUUUUCAAAAUUACAGUGUACAAGCAACAUAUUUCAUUCUCUUGAUUAAAAUUUUUAAAAAUUA